AUGUGCGAAACAAAGCAUCUGGCAAUUCUGCCUACGUAUUUCUCGAUUCAAGAUGGCGUUGGAUCAAGACGCGAAAAUAUUUUCCUGGAUGAGUUUAUUGAAACUUCUGAAACGGCGGAGCUUCUCAAAACGUUCCAGCUUUCUGAUGCAGCCAUCGAAUGUUUCCUCGCCAACAGUUACACCUUAGAUGACUUGAAAAUUAUAGAAAGAGACGAAGUGGAAGCGUUAUUACCCAGCCCAUUUUUAGCUGAUCGCACUCGUGCCAUAUAUGGUCUAAACAAGUGGCGUAUUUCUCAGAAUUUAAUUCCUCUAACAAUUCCUUUAGCAGAGAAACCAGCAAAUUUUAAUUCUGAUUGUAAAUUAUUGAGAAGUAAAAAUCCCCUUGAUGGAACCGAUAAGAAACAAUGGACGGCCCGUUUACUAAUCGAGCGAUCCAAAAGAGGAAAGGAAGUUAUAAAAAAAUACGAUAAGUGUAAAAUACUCGCUAAGAAAGAUAAAACGUUUAUCACACAUUUGAUUGUUGAUGAGUUUGUUGAUGAGUUUGGCAAGCUGUCGAAGGAUGAACUAAUUCAGAGGGCAAAAGAGCUGAAUGAGAUUUUUCCAACUAUAGAUGAGCACGUAUGGUAUCAGCCUACAACGAUUCGUGAUGUGAAUGGUAGAAAAAUUAAGCUUAGUCGCUUAGCGCGAGGAUGUUUGUUCGAUCGAAAUCACAACUAUAGAGCAGCUGCAGUUUUGGAAAAAGGUGAUAACUUUGGUUCCAUUGAUCACAUUUGCUACGAACGGAAACUUACUAUAACAGAAGACAGUUGUACCGAAGAAGCAGUUGCAUCGUACAAUGAAACAAAACGAUGGUUCCGACAUCAUCAAGAUGAAUGGGAGGAUUUGAGGGUUAGAUGGACAGCAUCCAGUUCGGUUCGUCUCUACGAAAUCAGUAAAAUAAAACUACCAUCUUUCGAGCAUAUUCUUGAUGAGUAUCCCAUAAUGAGAAACAAUGACGGAUACCAGCUGAUAAAAAUAGAUUUCAAUCAUCGCUAUCCAGAUAAAAACAAUUUAUUAUUUGAAAGAUUUGUGGAAUUUCGGACCAGAAUUCAACCGAUACUUUACAGUGACGUUGGUGAUCAGGGACGAUCUUUAUUGAAGUUACUUGAAGAAAAUCACUUAGAAGAUAUUGUCGACUGUGUAACAUUUAUUCUAUUAGUGCACAUAUUACCAAACUCUACGUUAAGAUUACCGAACGGAAAAAGAUGGAAACCGUCCAUUCGUGAAUCGUGUGAUGGUAUACUAAUUCAUUUGAAAGCGUUAGAUGAGUAUGAGAAAGAGCUUUCCCGUAUCUAUCAGCAGAACUCGUUGAGAGGGUUGCCCGACCACCCACUUAUUGUUGUAGUCUGUGAUGAAUUAAAAUCAAUCGAGCAGUUCUUCGUGACAUAUAGAGAUAUCUCGUACAAGGUAGAAACAUUUCUAAAAGCGGUGGACAUCAUCUUCAAAAUACACAAAGCAUAUGAUAUUGUGUUUCCUCCAGAAGUAAAGGGACUUUGGCAGUUUAUAGCAUAUUUUAUGUACAACUUCGAUUUAACUGAUGAUAGUUUUAAAGCUCGCAUUUUAUCGCUAUCCAAUACUAUUCGUCUACUCGAAACAUCACAAUGA